CCGAAACUUGGGAGUCUCUCACUAUUGGUCAUGUAUCUAUGCUGGCUAAUGUUCUCUUUAGCCUCAAUUGGCGGGGUGUCUGCUGCUGGCAACUGCAGUUAUAAGAGGCUUUUUGAACAUCUCGGCUUGGGCAACGAUGACAUUCAGAUGACGUCCCUGCGGCCCGUGUAUAACUGGCGGACCCCUACCGAAGUUUUUGUGGAUUUGUUUGUGACAUCCAUCACAGAAGUGAAUGAAAAAGCGCAGAGCUUCUCAACACAGGUUACAAUUUUACGCGGUUGGGUCAAUGAGUUCACAUUGUGGAACCCUAAAGACUUUUGUGGGAUCAAGUUCUGUACGAUUCGAAAAGAUUCGAUUUGGACCCCGGACAUUGGUAUCAUUGAGAGUAUCAAGACAGAGUAUGCCAGACUGGAGAGUCCAUAUGUGCAGUUGCUCAGUCUAGGUAUUGCACUCACAUCUGACACGUUAGCUCUGACCACUGCCUGUAAGAUGAACUUGUACCUGUUUCCCUUCGACAUCCAAAGCUGCACUUUAACGCUUCAGUCUGCAUUGUAUUCAGUUGAGGAGCUUAAUAUCAGCCCAUACUCUGAUGCAUCAUUCUUGACGCUGAACUCACAGAAGGCCUUUCAGACUCAGGGAGAAUGGGAACUGCUCAGUAUAAACACGUCUGAAGCCAAUAUAUCUUCUAAUCAGAACACACAGGAUCAGCUGACAUACAAGAUCACAAUAAAGAGGAGACCUCUACUGUACAUUGUGAACUUUUUAAUACCCGUGUUUUACUUCCUUGUGCUGGAUGUAGCCUCAUUUUUCAUGGAUGGAGGAGGAGAGAAGCUAAGCUUUAAAGUCACUUUACUCCUGUCUAUUUCUGUGUUGCUGCUGAUUCUUAAUGACAUGCUGCCCUCUACUGCCAAUGAAAUCCCAUUGAUUGGGACUUACUGCAGUGUGAUUUUCACUCUCAUUGGCAUCAGUAUCCUGGAGACCAUCUUUGUGAAUUAUCUGAUGUCUAAAGGAGAGGAGGCCAGAUCAGCGGCACCAGUGCAAACCACAGCUGCUGUUAAUGAUGUUGUAAAGGACACAAAUUGCUCUCCAGAAUCAGUUACUGAAAGGAAUGAAGAGCAGUCGUGCAGCCUCAUCAUUCUCAAGCAGAUUCUCAUGGAGGUUAGGGCUACAACUCAUCAAAACCAAGACAAGAAUACAUCCCUGAGCUGGACAAAAGUGGCAAAAAUAAUAGACAUUACCUUCAUUUGUCUUUAUUUAAUCACUGUUGUUGUCUUUAUAACAGUGCUUUGCAAUGCCUGGUUCCCUGAGUGAAAUCCUCUUAUAGCCUUAUUCAUGAGAUGGCACUAUAAAACACUAAAAUAUAAAUAUUAUUAUACUCAUACAGUCUAAAAUAUGAUUAUAGUCUAUAAAUAUUAAAUGUAAAAUAUAUACUCUGUAUUAUAUAUACUGUAUUGUGAAUUACUUCACAAUACAGUUUUUUGUCAAUUUGUUCAAUAUUAUCAAUAUUAUUCAGCCGUGGUAAAAUGCCUGAUAUAGUGUCAGAAGAUGUGAAAUAACUGUUC